ACGAACAAUGGCGGGAAGUUCACGUGGAAGUACUCGAAGCAGAGCUGCUUCCAAAUCUUCCACGACCCAAAAUCCCCCUAUCCCUAAUCCUACACGCAAGGAUAAAACAAGAAAUACUAACAGUUUAAUUCGCGUUUUCAGUGUGAACCUCAAGUUCCUUUUAGGGUUUGCAGUUAUUGCCUUCGUGAUAGCCACGUUUUCCAUAUAUCAAGUCGUUAAUCACAUGGAGAAACCUCAAAAACUCAGAGUGAUCACUCCACUUCCGGCUCCUAAACUAAUGGAUCUUCCAAUGUUUCAAGGAGAGCAUAGAGAGAGCUUGUACUGGGGUACUUACAGGCCUCAGGUUUAUUUUGGAGUUCGUGCAAGGACUCCGCAGUCAUUAGUUGCUGGCUUAAUGUGGAUUGGAGUCAAGGAUGGGAGGUAUUUCAUGCGUCAUGUAUGCCAAGAUUCAGAUGAGUUGAAACAAUAUGGCUGGACUAGUCAUAAUGGACGGGAUUAUGGACAUCAGGUUCUGAUUGAACAGACAAUGUCCUUGACCACUAGUUUUCUGAAAUCCAAGGAUCGUGGUAGUGGCUAUGGUGGAGACUGGGCUGUUCGAAUUGGAGUGCAGAGCAAUGAAUCCGUGCCUGAUGAAGAAAUGUUAAACACCGCGCACUUGUUUUUUUAUGUGGCUGAUGAAGGUGGGAAAAGUCUUUCUUUGGGUAGCAGAGUCUUUGAUAUUCAUGGUGAUUCUAUACUAGCGUCAGGAUCACGUACUGAAAUUGGAGACUGGCAGCUCCACUUAUUGUCAGAGGAUGUUUCUGCAAUACAUUAUUCUGGCUUCAAGACACCUCACAUUCACAAUCUGUCUGAUCUCGUCCAGGCAGAUUUGGCAGUCCAAGCAAGAAAAUCUGGCCAUUUGCUGCUUUCGGAUUCAUCUGAUGAUUCUCCCAACAUUUUAGUAUUUCAGAUCUCUGCUAGGAUUCCUUUCAAAGCAGACAUUGUUUUUCUUUCUGGAACCAGUACUCGUGAUUCAAGAAUUGAAGAACGGGCCAGCAGGCUGACAGGUACUUCGCUGACUAGUUUACUAUCUGAGAAGCAAAAGGAGUUCGACAAUAAAUUUAAAAAAUGCUUUAGCCUAUCUGAAGAGCUUGGUUUGGAACCUGUGACUGUUGGUAAGGCUGCUCUUGGGAAUAUGUUGGGUGGGAUUGGCUACUUCUUUGGCCAAUCAAAGAUUUCGCUUCCAUCAACCUCCACACUUAAUGCUGGAGAUAAUUAUGUCUUAUACUGGCCUGCUGAGCUAUAUACAGCAGUUCCAAGUCGGCCCUUCUUUCCAAGGGGCUUUCUAUGGGACGAAGGUUUUCAUCAACUGUUAAUCUGGCGUUGGGAUAUAUACAUUAGCUUGGAUAUUAUUGGACAUUGGCUAGAUCUGAUGAAUAUUGAUGGAUGGAUCCCGCGCGAGCUAAUUUUAGGUGCUGAAGCCUUGAGUAAGGUCCCAGAAGAAUUUGUUCUUCAGCAUCCAACUAAUGGAAAUCCACCGACACUGUUUUUGGCCUUGCGUGAUCUGAUCUCCAAGCUGAAAAAAGAAAAGUUUGCUGCUGCUGAGGCCAGGGAUAUCUCUGUCUUCUUGGAUCGGGCAUUUGUCCGUCUUGAAGCAUGGUUCAAAUGGUUUAACACUACUCAGGCUGGAAAGGAACCGGGGAGCUAUUACUGGCAUGGAAGAGAUGCUGCAACGAUCCGUGAACUGAAUCCUAAGACCUUGUCCUCUGGACUGGAUGAUUAUCCACGUGCAUCUCACCCAAGUGAAGAUGAACGUCACGUGGACCUUAGAUGCUGGAUGCAUCUUGCAGCAGAUUCUAUGCACUCAAUAGCAGAGCUUCUGAAGAUGGAUAAAGAUAUCCAAAAGGAGUAUGGUUUGACUGCAAAGCUACUCUCAGAUUUUGAACUUCUUAACCAGAUGCACUUAGACACUAAGAAUGGAGCUUAUUGUGAUUAUGGAAAUCAUACGGAGAAGGUUCAAUUAACUUGGAAAAUAGUGGAGACUGGAAGCAACUACCCAAGGAGAGAGUUGGUACGAGAAGUCCUAGAUAAACCUGUUCUACAAUUGGUUCCUCAUCAUGGUUAUGUUAGCCUUUUCCCAUUUAUCCUCAGGCUUAUUCCACCUGGCUCGUCGAUACUCGAGAGUCAGCUUGACCUUAUCUCUAAUAGGAGCAUUUUGUGGACUGAUUUUGGGCUGAGAUCCCUAUCCAAGACAAGCUCCAUGUAUAUGAAACGGAAUACGGAGCAUGAUGCUCCAUAUUGGAGAGGGCCAAUCUGGAUACCCUUGAAUUAUUUGAUUGUUUCGUCGCUUCAUCACUACUCUCUAGAGCCUGGACCAUACAGAGAAAAAGCCAAAACCGUCUACAAUGAGUUGAGGAGCAAUUUGAUAAGAAAUAUAGUUGGGAACUAUAAACGGACAGGGUACCUGUGGGAACAAUAUGAUCAACAGAAGAAAGGGAAAGGAAAAGGUGCACGCCUGUUUACUGGAUGGACAGCCACUGUGUUACUGAUCAUGGCAGAAGCUUACCAUGAAGUUUAGUGAUGGUAAUAUCACCCUAAUGUAGCAAAAAAACAAUCAUUUUUGACAUACUGAAUUUACAUGUAUACUACUACUAGUAACAGUGUUUCCGAUAAUCCACCAAUCUCCAAAAAAUGCUUUUACUAGAAUUUGAAGGUAACUUCUUUGAUUCCCUCAAAGAGUUAUGUUGACGUACUGCAAAUGUGAAACUGGGACGAGCAAUAACUAUACUUUUAGUCCAAUCUAGUUGAGAUAGACUAUAAAUCCUCACUUACCGUGA